AUGUUAUCUGAGCCAGAUUCAAUUGUAGAGAAAAGUCCAAAGGGUAGAUUUAUUAGAGUAAUAAAAUAACAAUGCUAAAAGGUAGUUUAAUGAGUAAAUCGGGAAAGGGACUUAUAAAAAUGUUUAUAGAGGCUAUGAUGAAGAUUCUGGAUGUGAAAUUGCAUGGAAUGUAAUACAUUUAGAUCAAUUGCCUCAGUGUAAAUAGAAUUGAUUUUAUUAGAAGAGGAAAGGAAACGAAUAUCAGAGGAACUUAAUAUUCUUAAUAACAUAAAGCAUCCAAAUAUUAUAAGCCUCAUUAAUGCUUGGAUUAGUAAAAAUAAAUGUGAAGUUAUAUUUAUAACAGAAAUUGUUCAUGGUGGAUCACUAAAAAAGUAAUUCAUUUAUAUUAAGAAAGGCAUUUAAGAAAAAUAUAGAGGCCUCGUUUAAAAAUACUAAAACAUUGGUGUCGAGAAAUAUUGAAAGGUUUAGAAUAUCUACAUAGUAUUUCUCCAUAUCCAGUAAUACAUAGAGAUAUUAAAUGUGAUAAUAUAUUUAUUAACACACACAAUAAUCAAGUUAGAAUAGGAGAUUUUGGAUUAGCAAUUAAAUUACAAUAAUAGGAUUUUACAUAAUCUAUUCUUGGAACACCAGAAUUUAUGGCUCCUGAAAUUUAUGAAGAAAAGUAUGGUCCUCCAGUUGACAUUUAUGCUUUUGGUAUGACAUGUUUAGAAAUGGCAACAUAAAGAAGACCAUAUGAAGAAUGCGCAGCACCUAAUUAAAUUUAUUAAAAAGUAUUAUUCAAUUUUAUUAUCAGGUCAUUAAUAGGAUUAAACCAAAAACAUUAGAUUUAAUAUAAAACCAAGAUUUAAAAUUAUUUAUUUUAAAAUGUCUCGAAGAUUAAGAAAAAAGGCCAACAGCUUCAGAAUUACUAAAUGAUAAAUUUUUAAAUGAAUCAGAAGAUGAUAAUUAACAUGUUGUUAUUUUAGAAGAAGAAUAUAUUGAUCAAAUUUUAGAAAAUUAAGUUUAAAAAUAUAAUCUUGUAUUCAGAGAAUAGUUAGACUUUAAUAGUUCUAUAUUAAUUUAAUUAAAUGUAUCUGAGGAAAUGCAUAUUAAAAUUACAUUUACUGACACCACUAAAUAUAAUUCGUCUUUUCAAGAAUUCGUGAAGUCAAGUGUCUAAAAAUAUUUAGAUUUACAAAAUGCAGAACAAUUUGCAGAAUUUUAAGAAGAAAGUAAAUUAUUAUUUCAAAUAAUAAGUUCUCAAAUUAGGUGGUAUUGAUAAAGUUAUAUGGGUAAAAGCAAGCGAAGAAUCUAAGAAAAUUAUGAAAACUUAAUUACUGUAAUCCUUAUAACAAUUUUAAAUAGUAUCAUUCUUAAAUAUUUAGACUAUUUCCACUCUACUUUAAGAUGUUGAUAUAAAUGAAUGGGAAUUAAUUGAAUAAUAAAUUUUGGUUCAGUUUUAAUAACAAAGAAAAUAAAUCAAAUCAAAAUUGUCAAAUUGA